CAACAUCAUCGUCAUCGUCCGUCGAGAUGGCAGCCAUCUUUGGUCCCCUUCGCGGCACUUAUAGGUACCUCCAACGCUGCGCUCACGAGCAGCCGGUCAUCUUCUACUCUCUGGCCAUUGGAUGGAUUGGACCCGUAGCAGUCAUCACGGUCCCCUCGUUCAGAAAGAACUACCUUGGCUGGGUCCCCCCGGAGGCCGUGCCUACUACUUACCCUCUCCCGCAAAGAAAAAGAGAGGAGGUGACGGGAUACGAUGACGAGUAGAGGACCGAGCUGAGCGGAGCAGAGAUGGACGAGGGAGCAAGGCACAUGGCUAGGCAUGCUCACUGAGCACGGCAGAGUAGGAUCGAAGAUCAGGGUAGAUACCGGUGUCGCCCGCCUCGCUGUAGAGCGCCCAGG